AUGCCGGAAACACCCUUUAUGAAGAAAAUUCGUAUGCAGGAUUGGAUCGGAAUCGUCAUUUUUACCGCCUUGAUGGCAUGCUUUUGUAUGGCAGGCAGUUUUGGUGGCGUCCUGUACGCCUGGAAUAGCGGCUCCGAGAUUUCUCUUUGGGCUGUCACCUUUGUCCUCUUGAUCGCAUUCAUACUAACUACCAUUUAUCAUCCACUGGUACCAGUGCAGUCGAGGCUUAUGCCAGUGCAAUUCAUGGUUACGAGAGAUCUCAUCAUCAUACCCCUGCAAGCCUUCCUGGUAGCGGGCAGCAUGAUGAUGAGCAUCUAUUACACUCCUCUAGUGUUCCAAUUCACUAGAGGAGACAGUCCUCUGAUGGCUGGUGUGCGCAUUCUCCCGUUGAUAUGCAUGAUUGUCUUUGGCUGCCUCUUCAACGGGGUCGCCAUGCCGAGGUUCGGAUACUACUUGCCUUGGUAUGUUGUGGGAAAUGCCCUGCUAGUGGCUGGCGCGGCACUGAUGACGACCAUCACCCCCUCAAUCUCCAAUUCGGCACUCUACGGGUAUACGGUCAUCAUUGGCCUAGGCGUCGGCGCAUUCCAGAGUGCAGGUAUCGCCGUGGCAUCAGCCCUCGCCCCUGCGUCCGAGAUCUCAAAUGUUGUUUCGGUCAUGACAAUCGCACAAAUCAUAGGCAUCACCUUUGCCCUUGCCAUUCCGGGUUCAAUUUUCCAAAACAAGGCUAUCCAAUACAUUGCCGAGGUCUUGCCCGACAUACCUCGGAAUGAGCUUGCGCAGUUGAUUACCGGAGCGAGUGGGCGAUUUUACAAGAGUCUAAGCGAGGCCGAUCAAUUGUUGGUUGUUGAACAAAUCACCAAGGCUAUCAGCGAAGCCUUUUACUACUUGGUGGCCGCGACCGCUGUCGGCUUCAUCACAUCACUAUUCUUGAGUCCACGGAAGCUUUUCCUUUCGGGUGGCAGUGUCGCAUAA